GACAAAAAAAAAUUACUAUAAAUUAGAGAAUAGAGGAACUCCACAGCUUACACUUCUCUCUCAAAGUUAAAUUUUUGUUGAUUCUUUUGAAAGAUUAAAAUAUGGCCAGCACCGGCGGUAUUCCGGCGAACUCGACAAAUGGGUCGCCAUGGUCCAGUGGCCUCUGUGAUUGCUUCUCCGACAUGGAAUCAUGUUGCUGUACAACAUGGUGUCCAUGUGUGCCUUUUGGGCAAACCUCAGAGAUUAUAGAUGAAGGAUCAACUUCCUGUUUUGGUAACGCAUUAAUUUUCUGUCUGAUUGCUUCCUUUACACCUUGUAUUUGCCUUUACACUUGUUCUUACCGAUCUCGAUUGAGGAGGAAAUACAACCUCCAAGAAACUCCAUGCAACGAUUGUUGUGUUCACUAUUGGUGUUGGAGUUGUGCAAUAUGUCAAGAGUAUCGUGAGCUCAAGCACCGCGGUUUCGACAUGCAUAUCGGUUGGCAAGAAAAUGUACAGAGACGAAACAAGGGAAUCGAGAUCCCACCUGUGGUCGAGGGAGAAAUGAAACGUUGAAGUUAGAAAGCAAGGCAUCACAAUAAUGAUGGUUCCCUCUGUUCUUUUUCCUCCUUGAGUUCAAUAAUGUGUGGAAGUGGAUGGAUUCUUAAGUUUAUGCUACUCUUUACUUGUUCUUCAUUAUUGCCUUAAAUCUUUUUAUGUGUAUUAAUCUUUGCUACUUAUAUAACCAUUAUUGUUGCUUAUAUUUUAUUCCGCUUAUAUUUAAACUGAAUGUGAGAAAACUUCUUCUAAGAUGAGUAGAUAAGAUUUUCAUUUGUUCA